AUGAUUAAUGAUAAUGAUGAUGAUGUACCUUUAUUAAAUGAUAAUGAUGAUAAUGAACAAUUCAUAACAGAAGAAGAUAGUCAACCAAAUGUUGAAGCAGUUUUUGUCGUUACUUUUGAUGUUAAAUAUGGUAAUAUAAUUGAAUUUCAAAUGCCAGAAAAAGAACAUAUGUUACUAAGUGGUGUGGAAUAUAAAGCAAUACCAAGUGGAUCCCAUCAUAUUAAUCAAGAUUUUGUAUAUUUUCGUCAUGAAAAUAAAUAUGGAUUGGCUUGUUUAGCUCGAGCAGAUAUUACAAAUGAUGAUGAUGGAUCAGCUUUGUCAGUAAUCGAUCAAUCACAGCGUGGUAUGCGGAUUAAAUCUGUUGGUAUUUUAACUUCAUCUAUUAUACAUAUUCAAUCAUAUCUUUCUCUUUUACAAACUGAAGCUAGAAUUUAUCUGAGUCAAGCAUCAGCCAAUUAUGAUGGUUUAAAACGACUUCUUAUAAGACAGGAACAACCAAUAUCAGUUCCUGCUUCUAUUUAUGACUCUUUAUUCGCUCAAUUUAUUCAACAAUUUGGUGCAUCUAUCUUUCCACUUUCAAGGUUAAUCCUGCUUGGCAAACGUAUUUUAUUUUACUCACGUUCACCUAUUGGACCUCUUUGUAAUGCAGUUUAUUUUACUCAUAUUAUUAAUCAAUCGGUAAAUCCACUUUUUUUAAUCACUAUUGCGGAUUUAUCAAUGCUCAAUAAUGAACAAUCUUAUAUUGGUUGUACAACAGAAAGAAUUUUUAAAGAAAAAACACAUAUUUAUGAUGUAUUUAUUGAUUGUGAUAAUCAAAUUGUUUUCCAUACAAAUGAUUCAAUUUUACAGUCCAUUGUUAAAAUAACACGUCACGAUUAUAAUCGCUUAAAAAAGACCUUGACUUUGAAUUCUUUUAUUAAUAUUGGUAAUCAUUUAUCUCGAUUAUUGAAUCAAUUAUCUCAAUCAAAUGAUAAUAAACAAAUGACUAAAGAAAAUUUUCAUUCUAUUGAUCUUCAUCAACAUUAUGAUCGUUUAUUUCUUAAUGAAUAUAUUCGAAUACAUCAUAUUCCAAAUGUGACUAUACGUAAUCCAAGCUCAAUAUUUUUUCCUGUUUCACCUUGUUGUUCUUGUUGUCUGGAUUUCAAUUGA